AUGGAAAAGUAUAUCGAUUGGGUCAAUGAACAUAUCACUAAUCCUUCGUUGUACAUUUCUUCAAUACAGGACAUAAGAGAAGGACAUGCACUAUUAGCUAUUAUGCAACAAAUUACCCAUAGUAUUGUUAAAACAGAUACACCACUUCAAACUGCAUUACAACUAGCAGAAAAACACUUUGGAAAAUUAGAGGGGUUAAGUAUUCAAAAGAUAGAAAAAGGUGAUGAAAAACAAAUUAUAGCCUUACUUGGGUUUUUAAUGAAAAAAGAAAAGAGUACAAUAAGAAAACUUUCUGACACAAUGUAUAAAAGUGAAAUAAUGAAUCAGUCAUUUAGAAGAAGGGCUUUUACAGUUAAAAAAGAUGGAAAAACAGUAGGAGUUGUAAGAAAUGAACCUAUUAUUAAUACAUUAGUAGAAAAUAAAGAAACGGUCCAACCUAAAAUUACAGCUAGACCUAUUAGACAUAAUGUUAAACCUCUUAAUUUAAAACCAAUUGUUCAAGAAGAAACAAAUAAGGAAAAACAAAAAGAAACAGAAAUAAAUGUUUCACAAGAACUCAUAGUUUCAGAACCCUCUCAAAUAAAAAAAACGGAAAUACCACCAACACCAACAAAAGAGGCAACACCAGAAUUAAUUACUUCUGAAAGAAAAGAACGUAGAGAAAAGAAAAGACAACAAAUUGAAAAAGAAAAAGAAAAAUUAAGAAAGAUGGAAGAAAGUAGAAAAGAAAGAACAAUGAAAAAAGAAGAAUUAAAAAGAAUGAAAGAACAAAUGAUUAUCGAACAUUCAAAUUCACCUCAAAAAGAAGUUGAUAAUUCACUUUUAACUAGUCCUGAACCAGAAAUUGAAAAAGAAGAAACUAUUGAAGAAGUAUUUAGAGGAGUAUUUAUGUUAGAAGGAAAAUAUUAUAUUGUUGAUGAAGAAGGGGAUGGUGGAGAAUUAGUUGAAUAUGUUUGUGAACAUUAUAAUGAAAUGGUUACAUCAUGUGCACGUAGUUUAAUAGUUUCAUAUCAGUAUAAUGAAGAAUUAGAACGUCAACAAGAAAAAAUGAAAACAUUAGAUUCACGUGCAACAAAAGAAUGUCUUAAUUCUAUUAUUGCAAUACAAACAAAGAUUAGAUGUAGAAAUGCUAGACAUUUACCAGAAAUUCGAGGAAUGAAAGAACGAAAGAAUUUAGUAAAAGAAUUAAUUGAAAGUGAACAUAAAUAUGUAGAUAAUUUAAAAAUAUUAAAAGAGUAUUAUCUUGAAAAAAUACUUGAAGAAAGAGAAGAUAAAACUAUUAGAAAUUGUUUUAAAAAUUUAGAAAUGAUUGUUAAAUAUAAUGUAAUUCUAUUAAAAGAUCUUGAUGAUAUGUCAAAGAAAUGUGUUUAUGGAGAAGGUGUAUCUACAGUAUUUAAAAAGUUUACUGGAUUUUUAAAAUGUUAUACUGUUUAUGUUAAUUCAUAUGACACAACUAAUGAUUACUUUGUUAAUUUAAAUUCAAAGAAUAAAAGAUUUAUGGAUUUAUUAAAAAAGUUAAGUCUUCAAAAAGAAGUAAAGAAUUUAAAUAUCUUUUCAUAUUUAAUUCUUCCAAUUCAACGAGUUCCACGAUAUGAAUUAUUUAUAAGAGGAGUAUUAAAAGUUCUUCCUAGAACCCACAAAGAAUAUAAAGGGCUUCAAGACUUAAUGAAUGAAAUUAAAAAGAUUGGGGAUUAUUUAAAUGAAAGAAGAAGAGAAUCAGAAAAUAAACAAUUACUAAUGAAAUUUAAACAUCAUUUAGAAAUAAAAAAAUUUGAUUUGAUGGAUGAUGAUAAAAGAAGACUUGUUAAAUAUGGAGCUAUUCAAAGUAAGGAAUAUGGGUUAUUAGUUAUUUUCUUAUUGAGUGAUGUAUUACUUGUUCAUAGAGCAAAACAAGAAGUAAAAGAUGUUGACGUUUUAUUAGAAAAAAAUAAACUUAAAAUUAAAGAUAUUAUUCCAUUAUUUGGAAUAGGUAUUUACAGUGAAGGAGACAAUGCAUUUAGUGUUGUUUCUAAAAAAAUGAUAUUUACUUUCAUUGCAGAAAAUGAAGAAGAAAAAGAAGAUUGGAUGAUGGCAUUUGAUGAUAUUUUAUCAAGAGAACAUAAUAGUGCUAUGUCAAGAUUAAACACUAUUAGACAAUCUGAAAAUGUUAAGUCAAAUAAAGUUGAUGAUAUCUUUUAUCAAGGUUAUCUUAAAAUGUCAUUAAAAAUGUUUGAAAAAUAUGUAGGUGGUAUUGUAACAUUUAAUACAAAUGUAGAUUUAACGAAGAAAAAAUUAGAUGGAAGUCCUAAUCUUGAUAAAAAAAAUAGUCCAAUGCAAACACCUAGAAAGGUAGCAGCUACACAAAUGUUAUUAAGUCCACGAUUAAAUUCAUCAUUUAGAUCACCAAGAUCAGUUAGAGUAAAUAAUGAUCAUGAAGAAGAAAAAGAUAGGUAUUGUGUUAUUGAUGGAGAAGAACUUAUUGUUUAUAACUCAGUAAAAGAUUCUUUAAAGAAAGAGAAUUGGCAUAUGAAAGUAAUAUUAAGUGGUGUAUCUGUUGAAGCUGUUGUUGCAAUUAAUAAUCCAGCUGCAUUUCAAAUUAAUAUUAGUGGUAAAACUACUUUUGUAACUGCACCAUCAAGUGAAGACAAAUGGAAAUGGCUUACAGUUUUCCGUGAUGCAUUUUAUCAUUCUGCAAAAGAUAAGUUGAUUGAACUUAAAAUUCUUCAACCAAAACAAGAUAUUGUUUUUUGUUAUCCUCCACCGCCAAUUUUUAUUGCAGAGAGAGGGCAAUUUAGUAAUUAUUUAGAUAUGUUAUUAAGUAUUCCUACUAAUUCUGUUUGUGCCGAUUGUGGAGAUCGUAAAAUUGUUUGUGCUGAUAUAACGUAUGGAGUAUUUUUAUGUAGAGACUGUUCUAAUUGUCAUAAAAAUCAAUUAAAAUCAACCAUUGUCUUCAUUAAAAACUUGUAUGUCAAAAGUUCUUUCUAUGAACUUAGAAUAUUUAAAGAACGUGGAAAUCUUCUUAUGAAUGAACUUGCUGAUAUGAAAUCUCCUGACGUUGUUUCUAAACAAAAUAAAUCUGAUUUACUUAAUUCCCUUUAUUUACGUCAAGAAUUCCUUCCUUUAAAAUAUAAAGACCUUCCAACGUAUCAAUAA